UUUGAGGAGCCAAUGGCAAGGCGCGUCUCUUGUACGUAACGGGUUAAAGGUCAGAACUCUGCAGACAUUUUCAUCAUGUAAAUACAGUAGCGAACUGACAAGACCUGAAGAUAUGAGGCUGCUGUCCAAGCCAGCACUGCAGGCCGUUCUUUCCUCACAGAAAACUCUGUCACACGAGGGCAGCAGACCGUUCUGGGGAUGGCUCAAUGCUGUCUUCAACAAAGUUGACUAUGAGCGUAUCAAGGCGGUGGGCCCAGACCGUGCUGCUGCAGAGUGGCUGACAAGGUGCGGUGCCAAGGUGAGGUUCCAGGGGUUCGACCGUUGGCAACACGACUACAACGGCCUGCCCACCGGCCCUCUGGGACGAUACAAGAUCCAGGGCAUCGACGCCACCGACUCCUGUAUCAUGUACAAAGGCUUCGAUCACCUGGAUGGACUAGAGCAUGUCGAAGAGCUCAAACUCAACAAGAGUAUGUACAUAGAGGAUGCCUGCUUGGAGAGAAUAAGCACCAUAGAGAACCUACAGGCCAGCCUGUACAAGAUGGAGGUGGUCUCCUGUGGCAAUGUGACUGACAAGGGUAUCAUCUCCCUGCAUAAACUCAGGAGUCUAGAGCAUCUGUACCUCAGCGAUCUGCCAGGCGUGGUAGAGAAGGAGAAGACCGUAGAGAGACUCCAGACAGCUCUACCUGGGCUGGACAUAGAGCUGGACCUGGUCUGACAACCACAGAGGACCAGUCCGGCACAGUGGGUAGUGUCAUGACGACCAGAAGAUGCACGUUGUCUUGUAGCAACACAUUGUAGCACAUUAGUAAAGUGUUUUGCAAUGAAAAUUUGACUCGCCGUUUUGGUCCCCCCCCUUUUUGUUUCUCUCCCCCUGUUUGGUUUCUAGUGAAUACGACCCUGGUCCCAGAUCUGUUAGUGGCGUCUCGCCAUGGCCUCCUAUGGGUUAUGGUCAUCGGCAUGACCAUAGGAGUUGGCAAGACUGCACAAACACAUCUGGGACCAGGCUAGUGGGACACGGGACGAAUUAGAUUAUUAUCGCAACAUGUUUUCAACUGGACUUGGUUUGUAUUGACUCCAAAACAGAAGUAUGACAGGAAUUGUUUUCCUUAAUUAAUGUUUAUUAAAUAUGACUUGAUUAAAAAAAGUACAUAGACUGUAACAA